AUGAAUAUCAUUAGAAUUCUCAAUGAGAUCAAUGUGACGGUUAGCUACUUGAAAUUCGAGUUUGAGAUGAAAGAUCUUGGGAAAACUCGAUUUGGUCUAGGCUUAGAACUAGAGAAUCGAGUAACUGAAAUCCUAAUUUGCCAGUCGGCUUAUGUCCAAAAAAUGCUCAUGCUAUUUAAUAUAGACAAAGCACAUGCUCUUGGCACUCCUAUGAUUACCCGAAGUCUGGAUAUUACAAAAGACCCGUUCCGUCAGAAAGAUGAUGAUGAAGAGGUCCUGGGAGCUGAAACUCCAUAUCUUGAUGCGAUUGGAACUCUGUUAUAUUUGGCUCAGUGCACUCAAUUAGACAUUGCAUUCAUUGUUCCAUAUAUUGAGUUAGGUCUGUUCUUUCCCUACAGUGAAACAAGAGUUCAAAAGAUCCCUCUUGGGAUCAGUGGAACACAGCUCUCGGCCUCCCACCGAGAGACUGUGUCUAACAUUGCCACAGCCGCAGGUUAUGCGCAUAGCAGACUAGUCUCCUAA